CGGAGGCGGAGACGCCGCGUAGGCCGGGCAGGCCGGGCGGCCGGGCUGGGAGCGAGAGCUCCAUGUCCAGCCGUGUCUCCCCAUGAUGUUGCCCUCCCGGAGGAAAGCGGCGCAGCUGCCCUGGGAGGACGGCAGGGCCCGGCUGCUUCCUGGAAGCCUCCGGCGGAAGUGCUCCAUCUUCCACCUCUUCAUUGCCUUUCUCCUGUUGGUCUUCUUCUCCCUGCUCUGGCUGCAGCUCAGCUGCUCUGGAGACAUGGCCCAGGUGACCAGGGGACAAGGGCAGGAGACCUUGGGCCCACCUCGGGCUUGCCCUCCAGAGCCGCCCCCUGAGCACUGGGAAGAGGAUGCGUCUUGGGGACCGCACCGCUUGGCAGUGUUGGUACCCUUCCGGGAACGCUUUGAGGAGCUCCUGGUCUUUGUGCCCCACAUGCACCGCUUCCUAAGUAAGAAAAAGAUCCAGCACCACAUCUAUGUGCUCAACCAGGUGGAUCAUUUCAGGUUCAACCGGGCGGCACUCAUCAAUGUGGGCUUCCUGGAGAGCGGCAACAGCACAGACUACAUUGCCAUGCAUGACGUCGAUCUGCUCCCUCUCAAUGAGGAGCUGGAUUAUGGCUUCCCGGAGGCUGGGCCCUUCCACGUGGCCUCCCCAGAGCUCCACCCUCUCUACCACUACAAGACGUAUGUGGGCGGCAUCCUGCUGCUCUCUAAGCAGCACUACCAGCUGUGCAAUGGGAUGUCCAACCGCUUCUGGGGCUGGGGCCGAGAGGAUGAUGAAUUCUACCGGCGCAUCAAGGGAGCUGGCCUCCAGCUUUUCCGCCCCUCAGGAAUCACAACUGGGUACCAGACAUUUCGCCACUUGCAUGACCCAGCCUGGCGGAAGAGGGACCAGAAACGCAUUGCAGCUCAGAAACAGGAACAAUUCAAGGUGGACCGGGAGGGCGGCCUGAACACUGUGAAGUACCGGGUGGAUUCCCGCACAGCGUUGUCUGUAGGAGGGGCCCCCUGCACUGUCCUCAACAUCAUGUUGGAUUGUGACAAGGCAGCCACCCCAUGGUGCAUAUUUGGCUGAACUGGCUGAACAGUAAGGAAGCCUGUGCUUCCAGACCUCAGUGCUGCUCAGGCUCAGGAAACCUCAGGCCUUAGGCCCAGCUCUAGAGGAUGCAGAGUGACCUGAAGGACUAGCCAGCCCCCUAUCUACAGCCACCUGGGCCAGCUCCCUCCAUAGCUGCAGCCACCUGGGCCAGCUCCCUCCAUAGCUGCAGCCACCUGGGCCAGCUCCCUCCAUAGCUGCAGCCACCUGGCCCCAGCCAGGCUCAAGACCGGACACAGGGAGUUCUGGGAUGCUGCAGGAAAAUCGCCAGAGAAGUUGGAAGUGUGGCUUGACGGGGAUCAGCCUUCCAGCCCACCCUGCUCUUCCUGACCGCCCACGCCCCCCGAGGCCUGAGGCCAAGAAAGAUGGCUGGGGUUGUCCUAGCCCUUCUGUUCCUUUGGAAGAGAAGCCUCACACAGAUGUAGUCGAAAGCCACGGAGCCAGUGUGUAUGGCAGCUGCUAUUAGGAGGCUUAGAACUUCAGAAGGCAGAAUAUAGCCCCGAGCAAAGGAGCAGCUAAAACUAGCUUUAGCUGGCUGUCACCCUGAAGAAAUGGGGUUGGCGGUGGGCCGUUUGUGCCACCAGAUCUCCCUUUUCAAUCGGAACUAGAACACUGGAUUCUUAUGCAGAAUUUUCUGAUUUUUAAAUGGUAGCAGCUAACUAAAACUUUCAAAAGCUAUGGCAGGCCAAACAAAAUGUUUUGUGGACCACUGGUUUGUCACCUUUGUUGACCAGACAGGGUGCAAAAGAUGACACUGUAAAGAUUUUUCUGCCCAAUAAGCCUUUUUGCCGAGGCAAUAGUCCAAAUCAGACCAAAUCAAACCAAAUUAGAAAAAGCCCAGGUUUACUGUUUGCCAGCGCUCCUGGGUGACCCUCCAGGAGGGCAAAGGAGAACCGGAAAGACCAUGUGUUCAUUCUGGAGAGAGAGAGAGAGAGAGAGAGAGAGAGAGAGUAAAUAGCCUGUGGGCGUGGCCUUGACCCUCUCUGUGGAGGGGUCACCAUUUGGGGGCUUUCUCAGAGGUGGAGUCUGGAUUGUAGCAACUCCCAAGGGAGGGGGCUUGGAAUGGAUUUUCCACCAAACAUUCCAAAGUGGAUGCCAGGGGGCUAGGGUGACGCAUUCAACCAAACAUCCCAGACUCCUUGGAUAAAGGCGUGCCAGGGAGCUGAGGUGACACUCCCAACCAGACAGACACCUUUCACUUAUACACCGGCAGGGAGCUGGACUGGGGCAGGGGUGAAGGUUGCAGGUGUAGGUAGGAAGAAAAGCCAAAGGCGCAGGUUCCUACACUUCCUUCCCGGCUCCUGAGCUCACUUUACCCUGGGAUGGCGAGUCACUUCUGUCUGCUUGCUGCUACAUCCUGCCUUCCUGGGAAGAAAGGUGACUGGGGAGGCAGGAGUGCCGACCCUGGCUGAGGAUGGACAGGACAGCCCGGAAUGCACCUUGUUCCUGGGGUGGGAGAAACUGAGGAGACAUUGCAGAAUCCCGAGAGUAUUCUGGCUGGAAUGAAGGAUGUGCUGAGGUAGACCGUGGGACUGGGGAAUGGUCUGGGAGGAAACCUAGUGUUAACCCCACUAGGAGAGAACAAGACCACUACCACAAUUUUUGAGCCAAAUUUGAGGCCAGCUUUAUUAAGUGCUGGCCAGGACAAUGGACACUGGCCAGGUCCAUACUUGGGAUUCGCAGAGUAUGGCACAGGAUGACAUUUUUUGCUUGUAAAGACAAACCCUACCUUCAUCCAAUCACGGGCAAGCACAUAUCCUGUGCAGUUGGGGCAACCAAGCUUGUUUACUGAAGUGAGAAUGCCUGGCUGGUUAGCUUACGCCAGGAAGUAAUCUGUCCUUGGGCAAGUGGGGCUUGCAGAUUAGAGGCAUUUCUGUUUUUGAGAUCUCUUAAGCACAGUAAUUUAGACUUAAAACAAAAUGUUAGCCCUCGCACCCUGCACCAACAGAGGAGGAAAUGAGUGGUUCCACAACGCAGUCCUAAAGCAAGGUGUGCCUCACCCUGGGAGCAGGAGCUAGAGGGGCAUUUGGUGCAUUUAAGGUGGUUGGUUUAACAUUGGGACACCCAAAGGCUGUGGAAAGAAUGGGCUGCGUCCAGUUGAGAGGGUAGAAUCCACAGCUUCAGUUCAAAGACUUGGGAUGUUUUUGGACCUGCUAUGCGCAGUUGGGAGGACUGCUUGUGUACUGCACAACCUGAUUUCAGGUGUGUGUGUGGGGGGGGUGUCAGUGUGUGAAGCUUCAGGUUCCAAAGUCUAAUUUGGGAUAAUUGUGAUUCUAAGUUGAGGCUGCCAGAACUGAGCCUCACCCACUGCAGUGAGACACCUGCCUGGCUUACAGUACAGGCUGUGGAGACAGAGAGGCCUUGCCUCUGAGCUCUGGUCUUCUCAGCUUGGGUUUAUAUGACCUGGGUAAUGACUCACGCCCAUUGGGGAUGUGACAGCAAAGCCCUCAGUUCUACAUCUACCUGGCAUGUAGAAGAAACUGAAAAGGUGAGGGUCCUAUCUAUCUGUACCCAUGGAAGAAAGGCCAAGAUGAUGCUCUCUCUGCUCCACAGUCCCUGUGGCUGCUAUCAUCACCAUUGUGCUGGUGGGCCCCCCUGGCAGGAGCUGAUGCACACCCCCAUCUGCAGCCUCCCUUCCUUGCUCCCAGUUCUCUUCCAUUCCUGCAGGAUGGAAGUGUUGAAACCUGGUAGGCCGGGGUGAAGCAGAUGACAGUCUGCCUCUGUUUUCUCUGCCACUUUAUGCACUGGACCCAGCUAACAUUCCUACCUUGUUACUGGGGAUGCGGAUAAAAUGUGCCAGGACAUAAGCUUGCCUGGCCGGUGUGGGUGGGAGAGCCGUCGCUUCUUCUCUACCUCUGCUAGGGUUUUUUAGCGGAAAAGAACUGAUAGAAUGAAUCCAUAUAUAUUAAACAAGGAUAUACUAGAGUGACUUACAGGCUAUGAUCCAGCUAGUCCAAAAAUGGCUGUCUCUGAAGAAUUUGAUAGUUGUUCAGUCUGUUGAGAUUCCAAAGAAGUUAAGUUCUAAUAUCAGCGAAGGAGUGCCGCAGCAGGAUGAUGAACUUUCCAGCAUGAGUGAGGACAAAAAGCAAAGCGUCCUUCUUCCAUGCCCUUUUAUGUAGGCGCCACAAGAAUUUGUGGCUGUGAUUUGGGGUGCACCUUCCUGCUUCAAAUCUGCAAAGUCCUCACAGGAGUGGCCAGUCACUUGGAUUUUAGUGAAUGGUCAUCAUACUACCUAAGAGCUAAGUGUUUAUUUCAGUAUUGAUGUCAAAGCAGGGGCAUACAGAGGCAAGGAGUUUACCUGACUUACAGGUGACAAAUGCUGGCGGCUUGGGAUGGAACUCCCUGGUCUCCAGAGCUUACCUGACAAGUGCCCCAGCCUCCUAUCCUUGAGGACUCCCUGCCUUCUCAGUGGGAGAGGGCCCACCGGGAGGGCUGCCACAGAGGGAUGAAAGCUGGCCACAGGAGAUGCAGAGUAUUGGACCCCACGGCUCUUCUGUCUCAAGGAAGAUGAUUGGUUUGACCAGCAGGGAGGUUCCUUGAGGUGACAGCCUGCCCAGAGCACUGCACAGUGAUGGCUAACAAACCUGGGGAAGGCUUGCUGGUGGAGUGGGAGUUGGCAGAAUGAGGAAAGCUUCUAGGGGAAUUUACAUGCACAGAGGGGCUGGAGAGAGCACUGGGCUCAGGAACCAGGGAGAGGUUCUUUCCAGCCUCCAGCCUCCCCGCCCCCCGAGCAUCAGGAGGAUGGGCAGAGGGAAGGCUAUAGUGAGUCACGAUCUGGGAAUGCCACACUAAGCAAUUGGUUUUUUGAUUCUAGAGGUGCACGGUUUUCACACAGAAUCUGGGCAGAUUUUGAUCUGUGUUCUAGAGAUCAUUUGAGGUUUAAUACCUUACCUCCAGGGUAAGGACUGGGCAUGGUGGCACACACCUUUAAUCCCAGCACUCAGGAGGCAGAAGCAGGCAGAUCUCUGAGUCUGAAGCCAGCCUGGUCUGCAGAGUGAGUUCCAGGAUAGCCAGGGCUACACAGAG